UUGUUAUGCAACAAGCAUCCACAGAGGAAAGAAAAAGGGGGCCCCGAAAGUUACAAUGCUACCGGGAUUGAAAUAGACAAGAAGCUGGAAGACCUUGGCGGGAAUCGAAUUUAUGAUCUUGGACUUGGGGAUGACGAUGCGAACAUGGAAGAAGAUUUCAUUACGUGGAAGGAGAAGUUCUGGGAAGCCCUGUGCGAGAAAUUCGGUCUGGAAGCCAGUGCUGAGGACUUGAGCAUUCGCCAGUUCAGACUGGUGUUGCCCACUGAUGUGCCCAAGGAGAAAAUCUACUCUGGGGAAGUGGCGAGAAUCCGUUCAUACGUCACACAGCGACCGCCAUUUGAUGCAAAGAACCCGUUCUUAGCGACAAUUGUGGCUCAUCGAGAGAUCCACAAGAAUGGCGACCGGAACUGCAUGCAUCUGGAAUUUGACAUAACCGGAUCGAGGAUCCGUUAUGAAUCUGGAGACCACGUCGCCAUCUACCCGACGAAUGAGGAAGUUCUGAUCGAACGGCUUUACGCUUUAUCUGAUGGUAAACACGACUUGGACACCGUUUUUACCCUGACUGCGAUCGAAGUGACUCGAACGACAAAUUUAUUCAAGCGUGAAUCGUCGCCAUUUGAUGCAAAGAACCCGUUCUUAGCGACAAUUGUGGCUCACCGAGAGAUCCACAAGAAUGGCGACCGGAACUGCAUGCAUCUGGAAUUUGACAUAACCGGAUCGAGGAUCCGUUAUGAAUCUGGAGACCACGUCGCCAUCUACCCGACGAAUGAGGAAGUUCUGAUCGAACGGCUUUACGCUUUAUCUGAUGGUAAACACGACUUGGACACAGUUUUUACCCUGACUGCGAUCGAAGAGGAUUCGAAUAAGAAAUUUCCUUUCCCGUGUCCGUGCACUUUCCGCACUGCCCUGCGUCACUACGUGGACAUCACCAGUUUGCCCAGGACCCACGUGCUGAAGGAACUCUCCGAGUAUUGCACUGAUGAGGCGGACAAGGCCAAGCUCAAGUUGAUUGGCCAGCCCAGCGUCGAAGGGAAGGAGUUGUACAACAAAUGG